CAUCAUAAUAAAACCCAUUAAACCGAGUGGGUAUAAAUAGAAACGAAAGGUUCUUCCUUUCUCAAGGUCUCGUCUUCCUCCGACUCUGUCUCCACUCUCCAACAACUUCCUUCUCUCCCACUACUAACCGAGUCACCAUGGCCAAGAAGAAGAAGAGCAACAACGAGAACAAAGGAGAUGGUGGCGGCGAUAAGAAAACGGCGUCUAUAACCGUCGUUUUGAAGGUCGAUAUGCAUUGCGACGGCUGCGCUUCCAAAAUCGUCAAAUGCGCACGUGCUUUCAAAGGAGUUGAGACGGUGAAAUCAGAGUCAGAUACUGGGAAGCUAACGGUGACCGGAGAAGUAGAUCCGGCGAAACUCCGGGAGACACUCGCAGAGAAGACAAAGAAGAAAGUCGACUUGGUUUCUCCUCAGCCCAAAAAGGACAAUAAGAACAAAAGCGAUGAAGACAAAAACAAAGAAAAGAAAUCAUCUGAGGAGAAGAAACCCAAAGAGGCUCCGGUGAUAACGGCGGUGUUGAAGCUGAACUUCCAUUGUCAAGGUUGUAUCGCUAACAUCCAGAAGACUGUCACUAAAACCAAAGGUGUGAAUGGGAUGACAAUGGACAAAGAGAAGCAGUUGGUGACGGUUAAAGGAACAAUGGAUGUGAAAAAGCUCGUGGAGAGUUUGUCGGAGAAGCUGAAACGUCCGGUGGAGAUUGUGCCGCCGAAGAAGGAUAAAGACAAAGAGAACGAGUCUGGCGACAAGAAGAAAGGCGGCGGGGGAAAGGAUAACAAAGGCGGCGAGGGGGUGAACAUGAUGGAGUACGUGGCGGCUCAGCCUUAUCACGAGUUAGCGUAUUACCCGGGUGGGCCAUAUGGGUAUUAUCCGGUUCAGGCCCACGCGCCUCAGAUGUUCAGUGAUGAGAAUCCGAAUGCUUGCGUCGUUAUGUGAGGCGGCGGAUGAAAAUAUUGGAGAGUGGUGGGGAGUUUUUUUUGAAAAGACUUUCAUUAAUUUAAACGCAGAAAAAUAGAAAAAGGUUCAGAAGCCCAUAUGAUCUUCAGUUACAAAACAAGACCCAGUUAAUAAAAACAAAAUAUUGCCCAUAGUUAAGAAACCCAUUGCAGUUUAGCCCAAAACGGAUUUGGAAACGUUUGAUGAGAAAUAACGAGACGGAGAAUGGAGCAAUCAAGCGGAGAUGAUGGUAGGAUCACAAGCAAGAAACCAUAAUUGGAGGAGCUGUGAACAAGUUGUUGGGUUGACUUCCCGGAGACUGUUGAUGCGGUCUUUAAUUUGACAAUCAACAAGACGGAGCAACACGUCAGGAGAUCGGAAAGUGUGUCGAUGAAGUCUAGAAUUUCUUUCAGCCCAAACCCAGUAGAUGAUCGCUUGCCAGGCUAGCAGGAGAAGACGACGCCGGAAUCUGUUACCAGAGAGUGUGUGCAUCUGACUUAGUGAGCGAUCCCAUGUCCUCAAAGGAUUCAAAGUGAAUCUUGUGGCCAUAGUUGACCAUAGUUCCCACGAGUAAGGGCAAUCAAAAUAGAGGUGAUCUCGACUCUCUGGAUGAAGACCACAGAGAAGACAGUUAGUAUCAGUUUGCAAACCCCAGGACUGGAGACGAUUGCGAGUUGGGCAGCGGUUCAGAACCACCAGCCACACCAUAAAACAAUGCUUAGGAAUGCCUCCUUUAAUCCACACUGCUUUAGUCCAAGGUAUAUGAGUAUAGUCUCCUCUCAGUUUUUGAUAAACUAGCCCAGUAGUGUAUUUUGCGCUAACUAUUCUAUCAAUUUCCCAAACGUAGAAGUCAUCAGCAGUAGAUAUUGUCAGGCCAGAGAGGAAAGCAAGAAUGCUUACUUGAUUUUCAGACCUUGCCGGUGGCAGAAGCCAGUGACCAUUGUCAUACAAGCUUGCGAUGGUUGCAUCUUGUCUUAUACCAAGCCUAGUUCUUCUACCUCCUGUCAUGAGUUCACAAAUCUUUCCUUCCGGGUACCAGUUAUCUGUCCAGAAUCUGCAGUCUCUGCCACUCUCAAUCUUAAGUUUAAUCCAGGUAAACAUUACAUCUCUCAUUUUGAUUAACUUAUUAGUUAGCCAAGAGUACUUUCUAUUAGGCUUAACUGUCCAGAAGUUGCUCAGAUUCCCUGACAGGAUUUCCGUCUUGAACCACGCCACCCAAACUGAACCCGAUUGAAAGAACAACAGCCAAAUAAGCUUCAACGUGCAAGCUCUGUUCCAGGUAUACAAAUCCUUGACUCCUAGUCCUCCUUGACUCUUUUCUUUAGUUACUGUUUCCCAUGAAACUCGCGCAGUAUGAUGACCCUCCACAUCUCCUUUCCAUAGGAAAAUACCACAAAGAGAGUUGAUUCUCUUGAUCACCGACUUUGGCAAUAUAAACGAGGAACACCAGAAGGUGUUGAUUCCUGAUAUCACGGUCUUGAUAAGGAGUAGACGUCCAGCAAAAGAGAGGGAUUUAGCGCUCCAGGAGGAAAGACGUCUUUUAAUCUGCUGAAUGAGUACUUCACAGUGAGAGAGAGUAGGCUUUGAAGAGGAUAGAGGUACACCAAGAUAUCUCACUGGGAGAGAGGCAAUUGGCAUUCCAGUAGAAACCUGAAUAGCAUCUAUUUCCGCUUGGGAUAAACCUGAUGCAAAGAAACUUGACUUUUGAACACUAACAGCCAGUCCGGAGCGCAAUUCAAACUCUUUAAGGAUCUGAAGCACUGCCUGAAGAGAAGAGAUGGACCCGUCAAUGAAGAUGAGAAGGUCAUCUGCAAAACUCAAGUGAGAAGAUGAGUGGUGGGGAGUUGUAAAUAUGCUUAUAAUCUCUGGGGUAGUUUCAAAGUCGAGUUACUUUAGUUUGUAAACUUUUUUGGGUUUUUAAUUUCUACUAUUCAGUUCUCAAAACUUCCUUUUCUAUAUGAGCAUUUUUAGUUUUUAGAGACAA